AGCUUUCUGCUGAGGCCAGCCUCAUGAUUUUAUAUUAAAAUUUCUGUGACAAGCAAAAAAAAAAUUUUUUUUUUUUAAAAGCAUAACUGCAGCUGGAUGGAGAGGAGUAAAUACCAGAAAGUGCAACAGUUUCGGGCAGGAAUUCACAGAGAGUGCUUUGUUUAAAUAAAGGGCUUCAUUUUCAACCACCCUGUAUUAUAUUACUUCCCUUCUUGAAGCUGGCCUGUUUCAGUUAUUAGUUAAGCAGAGGCACUUCCUGGUGUGUUUGCGACACUGAGGAGUUUUCAGAGACUAGACUUACAAUGCAGAACAUAUUGGCUGUGUGUACAAGAGCAAAAGGCCUGGUGAGCUGAGAUAAGGAGCAGCAGUGUGAAGAAAGUUACCUGUGCCUGAAUUAUAUGCCAAGGUAGCAGUUUUGCCAUGGCGCUGGUUGAGACUAUCCGGCUCUGGAGUGAGGGAGUGUCUGCAGCAGAUCGUAAAGACUGGGCAUCCGCCCUGGCAGCCUUCACUUCUGUUCAGAAUCCAUCUUCCAAAAUCUGCUUUAACAUUGGCUGCAUCCACCUGAUCCUGGGAAAUCUGGAUGAGGCCCAGCAGGCCUUUACCAGGAGCAUCAGCAACGACAAACACUUGGCAGCAGCCUACUUCCAGCGAGGAGCUGUGGCUUACCAGGUGGAAAAUUAUGAAUCAGCCAUUAAUGAUUUUAAAGAGGCAUUGACUCAGCUACGUGGCAACAGUCUAAUAGAUUACAAGAUCCUUGGCCUACAGUUUAAGUUGCUUGCCUGUGAGGUGUUGUACAAUAUAGCUGUUGUCCAUGCCAAGCUAGAGGACUGGAAAAAGGCAGAGGAGAAUUUGACAAGGGCAAUGAAACUGAAGACGGGACCCCGGCACAACAAAAUUGAUAAAGCCAUGGAAUCUAUCCUGAAGCAAAGAUGCUUGGAUCCCAUCAUGAUUCCCGAAGGGAAGUUGUUUCGGCCAAAUGAAAAGCAAGUGGCACAGCUGGAGAAGAAAGAUUACUUAGGGAAAGCCACGGUUGUGGCAUCAGUGGUUGACAAAGAUGAGUUUGCAGGCUUUGCUCCUCUUCAACCCCAGGCAUCAGAACCGCCUCCAAGACCAAAGACACCAGAAAAACUCUGGACCCUACAGGGACAACCUCACAGAGUUUUGUAUGAGUUUAUACCAGAGACAGAGGAUGAGCUUCAAGUCCUUCCUGGAAACAUUGUUUUUGUCUUGAAGAAAGAGAAAGACAACUGGGCAACUGUUGUAUUCAAUGGAAAGGAAGGCAUUGUACCUUGCAACUAUCUAGAACCAAUGCAAAUGACAAACCAAAACUCACCCUUGGAAAACAGUGCCAACUUGGACAUCCCUGAUCCACCUCGCAUUGCUGCUCCAGAGCGCCCUGUGAAACGUCCCUCAGGUCAGAGAACACCAGAGUUUGCCACUCCUACUCCAUAUAUAAUCAAAGUGCAUUAUAAAUAUACUAUAGCCCUGCAAGCAAGCCCUGAGCUAUCAUACCACAGUCUGCUUGACAAAGUGUGUAAGAAGCUGGAGCUCUCCCCACAGCACACCAGCCUGAGCUACCGGCCCAUAGACGGCAAAGAGCUUGUGCUUUUGAAUGAGAACAACAUGAACACCUUGUGGAAUCAUGCAAAGAACCUUUCUUUGACACUGUGGUGUAGCAGCCAGCAGGCGGGUGAAGAUGAUCUAAACACUGAAAAUGGUAUGGAGAAUAUGCAGAAGAGAGCAAAAGAGAGAGAAGCAAAUGAGGUUGUAGCACUGUAUACUUAUGAAGCUGCCCAACCAGAAGACCUGGAGUUCCAAAAGGGAGACACAAUACUUGUUCUGGCUAAAGUGAAUGAUGAAUGGUUGGAGGGCAAGUGCAAUGGGAAAGUAGGCAUUUUCCCCAAAGCUUUUGUUGAAGAAUAAAAUAGCAAAGAUCCUCAACCCAAAGUGUAACAAGAUGAAGCCUCAAACAACUGAAGGGAUGCUGAUGCUUUUUUUCAAGACAAUCAGUUCAUUACACUCAAAUGUCUAUUUCGGCUAAAUGAAACAUCAGGGAUGUGUUCUAGAGACAUUAUAUUCUGCUUUCAUUAGAUCCACACUGGAUUUCCUUGGCUACAACAUGAGCCAGCUCAAUCUUAUACAAUAACUGUUCAGCUAAUCCUUUUGUGUCCACUCAACUGUAGUGGCAGAGUUAUGCAUCUCUUUUUGUUAUCUUUGGGAAAAUGUGAACUUAGGAAGCAUUCCACAGAUUUAUCAUAUGACAGCCCAGAGAAUGUAUACAUACAUUUCAGUUAUCAAUAAGAUGCCAUCCUGGACUUCCCCAAUCUGUUCUGAUAUGAACAACUCCAAAUGUACUGCACAACAACCACAGAAGAGGGGCAAAUGGGCCAAAAGGAGCAGGAAAUUCACCAAGAUGCUUUAAAAGGUGCAAAUUUGACCUCUUGGUUGCAAACUAAGAACUGCUUAAAAAUACCAGCAAAAUGCAAGUAAGACAGACUUCAGUUUCCAGCAAGUGAAGAUAAUCCAUUAACUAGUUCAGUUGUUCUGCUGGGUUUUAGAAACAUGAAAACCGCCUUUUGAAAGCUCGUGCUUCUUCUCCCGCCUACCCAAAAACAUGCAGCUUCAUUAAUUACUGUAUAAACUGCCAUUUUUGAAAACAACUAUAGCUGGAAUCCUACUGGCGUUUGCAGAAGGUUUUUGCAAUUUGCAGCAGCUGAGUGAUGAGGUGCCAGGGCAAAUCUUGGUUAUACAGACUAGGCACAAAAUCCAUUAGCCACAAGAAUUGAGGCAAACCUGAAACAACCACUAAAAGGAUUCUGGCCAGUCUUCUUGCAUUAAUGAGUUUGAUCUGGCAUAAGCUUUUCUGGGCUGCAGCCUACUUCCUCCAUUGGUGGAAUUGGACUGCAUUCCAUGGAAGUUAUCAAUAUUUAUCAGUUUGUUAGUCCAAAAGAUCUCUGAAAUGUGAAGAACAACAAAAUUUUGCACAUGUUGGCAAAAGAAAGGGGGAAGAGCCAAAAUACUGUAUCACUUUGAAGAUCAAGUGUUUCAUUUCAAUGUAAGCUUUUCUGGAUGAAAAUCUACUUCUUUAGAAACAAGGAAUGCAAGCACCAUACUCUCUAUAUUAACAUAUAUCCCCAUAAUCACGCGAGAAGACAGAUAACAGAUAAAAAUGCCAUUCCACCCCACCCCCCGCUCUUUCUUUUCCUUUUGCCAAUAUGCUGAGACACUAACAUGGAUACUUCUCUGAAAUUCUGCACAAAUGCUACUGAUUUCCUAACUUAAAUUCUCUGGUUGAAUCUGGCUCCCCACAAGCAACCAAUGGAACACUGAUUAUUAGCUUUUAGUAACAUCUGAUCAUAAGCAUUUGGUGACUUUUCUGUUGAGCAUGUCAAACAUAUUAUGCGAACUUUUCCAGUUGGAUACAAACUAAGUAGUUCUUCUGCUGCCCACCAGGCUAUUAUCAACUAUUUUAACACACCAUAAUAAACAUGUACCAUAAGAAAUAUUUCAAAAAAAAAAUUGAUGUAUGUGAUUAUGUCAUGACACAAACCCAAACAAUGCGGGCUGAAAAAUGCUGGGUUUUAAAACUGUAACACCUGGAUGAAUGUAACUGUGAGCUUAAUAUCCGCAGUUCUCUAAAUACGGAACUCACUCUCUACAUGAAUGCAAGUACUGAGAAUGAGCAUGGAGCACUGCGAAAAAAUAGGAUGGAAAAAAGUGUGGGGGGAAAGCACUAGGUCAAGGGAAGAGAAAACAGAGUGUUGGGUGGGGUAUGUAGAGCACAGACCAUGUCUUAGUGCUCUGCAUACCUCUCUUUGUGAUCAUGAACUCUCCCAUCAUAACCUUUAAUUGAAAUGAUUAAAAAAAAUCACAGCAGGUGGUUAUGGCUUGGCACUGAAGCUACAAUCUAGUCUACCAUGUUUCGUUGUUACUUGUAUAUUCAGUUUGCAUCAUUACUUGUAUGAAUUAUACCUGUCAAUUCCAACAAAGGAAUUACUUUGGAUCUCCUUUUGUGAAAAGAAACAAAAUCCAUAGUUUCCU